CUGGAAGAGAACGUGGCAAAGCUACGCAAAUCUUUGCAACACUGGCGAACAUGGGAUGCCGAGUAUGAAGGCUUGAAGGAAGAGCUUUCAUCUGGUGUGAAUGUUCAAUAUGAAAAGGAUUGCACUAAGAAUUUCAUUCUGACCAUUCCAGAAAUCUUUGACUUGUUCGGAAUUGGAAAAGGACCAAUUCGCCAUCCGAUAGAAGUCAGCCGACUCGUUGACAGGCGCCUUGACUAUGUACAACAAAAUGUGUCGACUAUUUCCAAGCAGGUGGAGAAAACCGAAAGUCAAUUGUCUGAAGUGCUGGAGGAGAUGGACAGGGAGAACGACGACACACAGGAACCUGGACUACCCAUGACUGAGAUUAUCGAGGAGUUGGACGAGGAUGGAAACAUUAUAUCGAGCAAAGUCACCCAGCCGGAACACCAAACAGCACAAAUCAUCGAAACUCUUCGUAAAGCUGGCCUGAAAGACAUGGACUCUAAAUCAAAGAAUGACGACUCGACCAAAGACUCGGCCUCUGAUACUACCAAAAAGCCUGAGGCUGCUCCGGCAAGCAAGGGUCAAGAGACGUCAGAAGCCUCCGACGAUGCUCCUAAAGCUACCAAGAAAGGGGUCAGCUUCGCCGAGGAAGUACAAGAAAGAGAAAUUCCCUCACGCGCCGACAAUGCCAAUGCCAGCAGAUCAUCUGGAGUCGACCCUUCCUUGUUCAAUGGCUCGUUCGCCAACGGGGAGCGUGUUAUCGAACUGGAUGACGACGACGAUGUCAUCGGAGCUCAAGCGGAACUGGAGAAACAACUUCGCUCAAGAGUUAUUGGAAACCUCGGACCCAAUCUCGAAUCAGUAGACCCCGUGUACGAUCCCGAAGGACUUCGCCGUCUUGUGGUUCGUGGCGAGGAAGGAACAUCUGACGAAAACAUCAAGCCAGCAAUCUCGAAGGGCAAAGAGGCAGUCAAGCCAGACGCAUCGGCAAAGAAGGGUGUCAGAUUCUCAGAAGAGUUGGAUGUGCAAGAGGCACCCAAAGGNUCUGAGGCUCCAGUCGCCUCCAAGCCACGCACUGCACCGAUCGCAGAUCUUGAUCCCGAACUGCAGCAGCGCCAACUUGCUUCCGAAUACUAUCGCCUGCGAAACAACAUCAUCCGCCAACAAGGUGGAUUCAAGGAGACAGAGGAAGAAAAAGACGAUCCUUUGAUGGAGCAGUUCCCUGAUGGCAAGCUGAAGAAGGUGAGUAGAUUCAAGGCUGCCAGGAUGAGGUUU